UUGUUUCAGGCAUUGCUCAGUAGAUUGUCAAAUGAUUGCGCAUCGGCACAGUGCCGAACGGAUGGUUUCACAUGUGUAUUUGUGCAAAUUGUAUCGGUGAAACCGCUGAAGGUAAAAGAUGAAACGGGCAGCCUAGUUUUGAAUUUACCGAAAGAAAGUGAAGUUUUCCUCAGAGAUGUCCAAUAUGGUGGAUAUUGCUAUGUGCUGUUGGAUACAAGCAAAAGACCGAUUCGUCUUACCACUCAGCUACCGAAGUGGCGCAUCUUGCACAGUGCCAACUACAGAAAUUUCGUGAUAGCACUCGCUAAACGUUUCGGCAUGGACAACAACGAUUAUCACGAUUUCGAGGCGCACUUAUGGGGUCGUGGAUAA